AGAAAAACAGCACACCAUACCUUACCAAACAUAACAUAAGCCAAAGUUUUAUCAUUGAAAAGCCUUGUUCAUAAAAUAAUAUUAUACCAACGAAUUUAAAUAUUUGUUUUUUUUAAAAGGAAAAAAUGUUUUUUUCUUUUUAGAACAAGAUGCCGAGUAUUAAGAAAAAAUAUAUAUCAGAAAAGGGGAAAAAGAAAAAGAAAUUUAAGCUUCGUUCUUUAUCUUCAAUCAAAUCAAAACCCUAAAUUGCAAUUUUUUUUUUGUUUGAAUAAUCAGCAUUUAUCUUUCUUUUCUUUAUCUCUAUUAUCUUCUACUUCACUUUCUUUCUCUCACUGAAACUCCCUUGUUUUCUUUUUCUCGUAAUUUUUCCUUUUUAAUAAUUUCCCGGAAAAAAGAAACGCAUUGGAUUGGGACGGUUACUAUUAUAUUAUUUUUAUAUAGGUUACGUUUUUUGAGGCAAUAGCGAGGAAUUGUUGCGGGGGGUGUUAGGGUUUGGAUUCUGUUUUUUGUUUCAUCUGCUCUUCAUUUGUAUAGAAUUUCCCCCAAAUUUUGUUGUUGCCUCUUUAGUUUGAAGCCCUAGCAGUUGGAUACUUAUAAUUAAAAUUUAAUUCAGGGUUUUAAUUUUACUCCAAAUUUAUGUCUGUUUACCUUCGUUCUCCUUAAUUAAACUGGUUUUAAGUGGGCGUUAACUAUUGUUUUGGAAAGUUAUUUUUGCUGUAUUUUUGCCUAAGUUAUUGAUUUGAAAAGAGGGUUAGAUCCUUUCUUUUAUUAUUAUUAUUGGAACAUAUGAGUUUCAUUUGGAACUGGAAAAUCAGUAAUCUGCAAAUCCUUCUUUAAUCAAAGAUGGAGGCGUAGGAGAGAGUUAAUUGAAAUGUAAUCUCCUCAUUGUGAUUGCCUUUGUUUUCGUUGCUAUGGCUUCACACUUGUGUUAAAAUUCUGUUUCCUUUGAUCCAAACAUUUCCUUCUUUGCCACUUUAAAUCCAGCAACCUUAAUUUUGGUGGUUUGAGUGAUUAGGGUUGGGUUAAGAGGAAGAAAAUUAAUUUGGUGGGUUAGGAUUUGAAGAAGGUUACAUAGCCUUUUUCUUUUUUAUUUUUCUGAUGAUCAUGUUUGGUAUCCCUUAUGGAAAGAAGUGAACCUGCAUUAGUUCCAGAAUGGCUGAGAAGUACUGGCACUGUUACUGGGGGUGGCAAUUCAGCCCACCACUUUACUUCCUCUUCUUCUAACUCAGAUGUUUCUUCUUUGCUGCAUCAUGGGAGACAUAGAAAUUCUAGGAAUAUAAGUGAUUUCCGUUCCCCUCGUUCAGCAUUUUUGGAUCGGACUUGUUCGUUGAAUUCAGGGAGGAGUUCUAGAAAUGUUUCUGCAAAACAUGCUUACAGUAGCUUUAGUAGGAGUCACCGUGAUAAGGAUCGAGAAAGGGAUAAAGAGAGGACAAGCUUUGGGGACCAUUGGGACCGUUAUUGCUCGGAACCUUUAGAAAGUAUCUUAACCAGUAGGGUUGAGAAAUUAGGAGGUAUCUCCACCAGUAGGCUGGAGAUAGAUACAUUGCGUCGUUCUCAUUCUAUGCUCUACAGGAAACAGGUUGAGCCUUUGCCACGAAGGAUAGUAGUGGACUCUAGAGAUAAUGGUAACAGUAACCAUAACAUUAGCAAUGGUUUGCAUUCUGGGGGUACUAUCGGGAGUAGCAUCCCCAAGGCUGUGUUUGAGAAAGAUUUUCCUUCACUUGGAACUGAAGAGAGGCAAGGGGUUCCUGAGAUGGUUAGAGUUUCCUCUCCUGGUUUGAGCUCAGCUUCUCAGAGUUUGCCUGUUGGUAAUUCAGCUUUGAUUGAUGGAGAAGGAUGGACCUCAGCUUUGGCAGAAGUGCCCAGUGUAGUUGGAAGUAGUAGCACAAGUACCUUGUCUGCCUCACAACCUGCUUCCACCUCAGGUUCUGGGGCUUCAAGCAUCUCAUCUAGUCUUAAUAUGGCUGAAGCACUAGCACAGGCUCCUUCACGAACCCGUACUCCUCCCAUGUUAUCUGUCAACACACAAAGGCGCGAGGAACUGGCUAUUAAGCAAUCAAGGCAACUAAUACCAGUGACGCCUUCUAUGCCUAAGGGUUCUGUUCUAAAUUCAGCAGAUAAAUCAAAAGCCAAACCUGCAGCCAGAAUAAGUGAGGCAAAUGUAGCUGUCAAGAGUGGACCGCAGCCACAACCUUUGACUCAUCAAGGUAAUCAGUCUCUUCAUGGUGGACAUGUCAAGUCCGAUAUGCCAAAGACAUCUGGGAAGCUUUUGGUUCUCAAACCAGGGUGGGAGAAUGGGGUCUCGUCUCCUACUCAAAAAGAUAUUGCUAGUUCAGCAACAAUCACAAACAACAGGGUUACUACUAGCCAACAUGCUGUUGCUCCUAUUAAAUCUGCUCCUGCAAGAAACUCAAACAGCCCCAAGCUUUCUUCUGGGGAACUCAAGGCAGCUUCCAUUAAUCCAAUAGCUGGGUUCACUGUGGAAAAGAGACCUUCUUUGGCUCAAACCCAGAGCCGAAAUGAUUUUUUUAAUCUCCUGAAGAAGAAGACCUCAACAAACACUUCUGCUGGUCUUUCAGAUCCGGAUCCUCAUAUUUCAACUUCCACUACAGAGAAAUCUGAAGUUACAAAGGAAGUAGACGGGGCUUCUGCAACUGCUCAUGCUGAUGAGAAUGGUACUGCAGCUGCUAGCAAUGGUGACACCUGUUCUGAUGAUGGGGAAAAGAACAUGAGUGCUAGCGCUAUGGUUUAUCCUGAUGAGGAAGAGGCUGCAUUCCUUCGUUCUCUUGGUUGGGAAGAAAAUACCGGUGAGGAUGAAGGGCUUACGGAAGAGGAGAUUAAUGCUUUUUAUCAGGAGUACAUGAAACUGAGGCCAUCUCUGAAAGUUUGCCGUGGCAUGCAACCAAAGCUAUCUCAAUCUUUUGCAAAUAAUUUGGAUGGAGCUUCUGAAUUGAGUUCAUCCGACUCAGGGUCUGAAACUUGACUUUUCACUGUUCUUACAUAGUCAAAUCCAAAGGAGUUCCAAUUCUUUUUAUUAUUGCAGUUGCAAAUGAUUAGUUCUUCUUCUUCUUUUUUUUUUCCCUUUCUUUGCCUCACUUUAUCUCUUUUUUGAUGUCUUCUGUUAGAAACAAAGCUGAUGAGUUAGGUAUUUUAGUGGGUAGGUUUUGGUUUGACAGUUCAUUUUGCAAAUGUUGCAAUAAGUCCUUUCUUAUGUUUCACGGGUUCUUCAUCUUUCUUGAAGUACCCAUAUCCGGAUAUUAUGCUCGAUAUACUUCCGAACCUUGUACAAGGAUAUGACUCUUCAAGGACACUUCACAUACAUGACAAGAAAAAAAAAACUUAGAAAUCCGUGCAGACAUAUCCAAGACUCACACUCAAACCAGGUUUGAGUAACAUAGGUCCUAGGUUCGUAUAAGAGAGAAUUGAUUAGUUUUCCAUGGUGGGUCUAGGAUAAGAAUUGAUUUGGAAAAGAUGCUGUGAAAGUUGUUGCAUCUUUAGGGAGAUAUUUCCUCCUUUUUCUUCCUUUUACUUUGAAGAGAGUUCAUAGAAAUAUAGCUUAUUUGUGUUUUUUGGUUAAUUUUAUGGAAAAAUAUGUGGAAAUAAAAGAAGUUCAAUUUAGUUUAGUUCAA